CUUUGGCUCUCUUUGUUUCUCUCUUUUGUGCCGACAUUCUACGUACAUAUUAUAGGCGGCACAACACCAAAAAUUUUUAGCUCGUUGGCAAAACAAGUGAAAAUUAAACAAAUACCGUUGACUGGUAUAGUACGGUGCCAACAAUAUAAUCAAGCAACAAGAACAAGAACGAAUACGCUACAAGAAAAACUCUGACGAAUCACAUUCAAAAUGAAUAUUUUUCGGUUCGCUGGAGAUUUAUCGCAUGUAUUUGCUAUUAUAAUACUAUUACUUAAAAUAUGGAAGACAAGAUCAUGCGCUGGCAUAUCUGGAAAAUCGCAGAUCUUAUUUGCUAUCGUUUAUUUGACACGCUAUCUCGACCUCUUCACCACAUAUGUCAGCCUCUACAACUCGGUGAUGAAAGUUCUCUUUCUGGCUACAUCGGGCGCCACUGUUUAUUUGAUGUAUGUGAAGUUCAAAGCGACUUACGAUCACAAUCACGAUUCGUUCCGCAUUGAGUUUUUGCUGGUUCCUUGCGCUCUGCUCUCAUUGGUGAUCAAUCACGAGUUCACCGUGAUGGAAGUGCUCUGGACAUUCUCGAUCUAUUUGGAAUCAGUUGCCAUUCUGCCUCAGCUGUUCUUGGUGAGCAAGACGGGAGAGGCUGAGUCGAUUACAAGCCAUUAUCUAUUUGCGCUCGGAUCGUAUCGCGGUCUGUAUCUGUUGAACUGGGUGUAUCGUUACAUGGUGGAGUCGCAUUACGACCUGAUUGCGAUUUUUGCUGGAAUCGUUCAGACAAUCUUGUAUUGCGAUUUCUUCUAUCUCUAUAUUACCAAAGUGCUCAAAGGCAAAAAGCUACAGCUGCCAGCAUAAAUUGCACAGGCAACCAGCAAUUAAUUCCAUACGAUCGAUUUGUGUGUGCGUGUGUGGUGCCGUCGCUUCAGAUGCUGAGGAUGGAGGCAGAAGACAGCGGAGUAUGGAGAAGAUAGCAGCAAUAAUGCAAGAUGCGGACCGCUUGUCUAAGCGUUAUAAUUAGUUCAUAAUCAGAUAAAAAAGAAAAAUAUCACAAAAAAAAAAUACAUUUAAAAUAUGAUAUUGUAUAUCGAAAGGGAAUAUUUUUGUGUUGCAUUAGUUGAAACUUUAAAGAAAAUAAGAAAUUUGAAUGUGGCACCAUCUAAUAUGCAAAAAAACGAACUCAUGCAAAUUAUUAAAGUAUAACAAAUAAUGUACAAAUUCUAUUUAUUCAUUAUGAUUUUGUCUUGUCCUUAUGCUACCAACUACAAUAUUUUUUCUUAAUGUCUGAAAUCGACGCGUCGUAUACAUAUUACAUUUAUGUAGUAUGUGUGUGUAUUAAUGUGGUAAUAUGUUUCUUAUCUAAUGUACUUCGUUUACCUAAAUCAAAAUGUGCAGUAAUUAUAAUUUACUUUAAAACAGAA